AUGCCUCGAGAAGCUCAACCCUCCAUUAAUGAGCGCGACUUCAUCUUACAGGCUCUAUCAGAAAACACUCGUCUAGACAGUCGUGCUCUUGAUGCGUACAGGAACCUUGACAUCACCUUUGGAGACGAAUAUGGUAAUGCGGACGUGCAAUUGGGUCAAACGCGCGUUCUCACCAAAAUCUCUGCAUCCCUAGCUUCUCCGUUCCCUGAUCGAAAAUUCGACGGCAUCUUCACCAUCACGGCCGAGCUCUCCCCUCUCGCCUCUCCAGCCUUCGAAGUCGGCCGCCCAUCAGAUCUUGAAAUACACCUGACCACAACUCUCGACACGCUCCUCCGCCGCUCCUCCGCCCUCUCCACCGAAUCCCUCUGCCUCAUAGCCGGGCAACGCGUAUGGCACGUGCGCGCAACUCUUCAUGUUCUCUCCCAUUCUGGCUCACUGCUCACAUGCGCUUCGAUAUCCCUGCUCGCUGCGCUCUUACAUUUUCGGAUCCCGGCAUCUGAAGUCAAGGGAGGAGAGCUGACUGUCUACAAUACAGUAGAGCGGGAUCCGGUGCCUUUGGCGUUGUUGCAUCAUCCUCUUUGUAUGACGUUGGGGUUUUUUCAAUUGGUGGAGUCGAGAGCGGAGGAGGAGGGAGAGGGAAGGGUAGGUGUGAUUGCCGAUCCGACAUUAGCAGAGGAGCAAGUUUGUGCAGGGGAGAUGAUUGUGGGGGCGAAUAAAGAGGGUGAGGUUGUGCUUGUCGAGAAAAAUGGAGGAGUGGAGGUUGGAGGGCUGAGGGUGUUACAAUGUGUAGGGUUAGGUGGGAGGAUAGUGAACGAGAUUGUGAAAGCUGUCUUUGAUGCAGUGGAAAGGGAUGCGAAGCAGCGAGAUCGCGGCGGAGUGAUGAGUAGAGAGCUAAGGGCGGAGAAUGACCGGUGA